CCCAGCAGCACGUCCGUUACCACCAGCAGCACCAACACACCCAGAAGUACAUCCGUUACCACCAGCAGCACCAGCACACCCAGCAGCACAUCCAUUACCACCAGUAGCACCAACACGCCCAGCAGCACAUCCAUUACCACCAGCACCAGCACACCCAGCAGCACAUCCAUUACCACCAGCAGCACCAACACACCCAGCAGCGCAUCCGUUACCACCAGUAACACCAAUACACCCAGCAGCACAUCCAUUACCACCAGUAGCACCAACACACCCAGCAGCACAUCCAUUACGACCAGCAGCACCAACACACCCAGCAGCACAUCCGUUACCACCAGCAGCAACAAUACACCCAGCACCACAUCCAUUACCACCAGCAGCACCAAUACACCCAGCACCACAUCCAUUACCACCAGUAGCACCAAUGCACCCAGCAGCACAUCCAUUACCACCAGCAGCACCAAUACAACCAGCACCACAUCCUUUACCACCAGUAGCACCAAUACACCCAGCAGCACAUCCAUUACCACCAGCAGGACCAAUACACCCAGCAGCACAUCCGUUACCAUCAGCAGCACCAAUACACCCAGCACCACAUCCAUUACCAGCAGCAGCACCAAUACACCCAGCAGCACAUCCAUUACCACCAGCAGCACCAAUACACCCAGCAGCACAUCCAUUACCACCAGUAGCACCAAUACACCCAGCAGCACAUCCAUUACCACCAGCAGCACCAACUCACCCAGCAGCACAUCCAUUACCACCAGUAGCACCAAUACACCCAGCAACACAUCCAUUACCACCAGUAGCAGCAAUACACCCAGCAGCACGUCCGUUACCACUGGUAGCCCCAACACACCCAGAAGUACAUCCGUUACCACCAGCAGCACCAGCACACCCAGCAGCACAUCCAUUACCACCAGUAGCACCAACACACCCAGCAGCACAUCCAUUACCACCAGCACCAGCACACCCAGCAGCACAUCCAUUACCACCAGCAGCAACAAUACACCCAGCAGCACAUCCAUUACCACCAACAGCACCAAUACACCCAGCACCAUAUCCAUUACCACCAGUAGCACCAAUGCACCCAGCAGCACAUCCAUUAACACCAGCAGCACCAAUACGACCAGCACCACAUCCUUUACCACCAGUAGCACCAACACACCCAGCAGCACAUCCAUUACCACAAACAGCACUAGCACAUCCAGCAGCACAUCCAUUAGCACCAGCACCAAUACACCCAGCAGCACAUCCAUUAUCACCAGCACCAGCACACCCAGCAGCACAUCCAUUACCAUCAGCAGCACCAAUACACCCAGCAGCACAUCUUUUCCCACCAGUAGCACCAACACAUCCAGCAGCACAUCCAUUACCACCAGUAGCACCAAUACACCCAGCAGCACAUCCAUUAUCACCAGCACCAGCACACCCAGCAGCACAUCCAUUACCAUCAGCAGCACCAAUACACCCAGCAGCACAUCUUUUCCCACCAGUAGCACCAACACAUCCAGCAGCACAUCCAUUACCACCAGUAGCACCAAUACACCCAGCAGCACAUCCAUUACCACAAACAACAGUAGCUCCCUCAGCAACAUAUCUGUAACCACAAGCAGCACCAGCACAUCCAGCAGCACAUCUGUUACCACCACCAGCACAUCCAGCAGCACAUCCAUUACCACCAGCAGCACCAACACACCCAGCAGCACAUCCAUUAAUACCAUCAGCACCAGCACACCCAGCGUCACAUCCAGUACCACCACCAGCACCAGCACACCCAGCAGCACAUCCAGUACCAUGAACAGCACCAACACACCCAGAAGCACAUCCAUUACCACCAGCACCAGCACACCCAGCAGCACAUCCAUUACCACAAACAGCACUGGCACAUCCAGCAGCACAUCCAUUACCACCAGCAGCACCAACACAUCCAGCAGCACAUCCAUUACCACAAACAGCACUAGCACAUCUAGCAGCACAUCCGUUACCACCAGCACCAACACACCCAGCAGCACAUCUAUUACCAUCAGCAGCACCAAUACACCCAGCAGCACAUCCAUUACCAACAGCACCAGCACACCCAGCAGCACAUCCGUUACCACAAACAGCACUAGCACAUCCAGCAGCACAUCCAUUACCACCAGCACCAAUACACCCAGCAGCACAUCCAUUAUCACCACCACCAGCACACCCAGCAGCACAUCCAUUACCAUCAGCAGCACCAACACACCCAGCAGCACAUCCAUUAAUACCAUCAGCACCAGCACACCCAGCGUCACAUCCAGUACCACCAACAGCACCAGCACACCCAGCAGCACAUCCAGUACCAUGAACAGCACCAACACACUCAGAAGCACAUCCGUUACCAGCAGCAGCACCAGCACACCCAGCAGCACAUCCAUUACCACCAGUAGCACCAAUACACCCAGCAGCACAUCCAUUACCACCAGUAGCAGCAAUACACCCAGCAGCACAUCCGUUACCACUGGUAGCACCAACACACCCAGAAGUAUAUCCGUUACCACCAGCAGCACCAGCACACCCAGGAGCACAUCCAUUAACACCAGCAGCACCAGCACACCCAAGACCACCACAAAGCGUGUUAGCACAACUACAAAGCCAAUUGUGAAAACAUCUACCACAGUUCAAACUCCAUUUGUUCCACAUACCACUAUCAAAUUGAUAACCACCACAGAAGCUAAAUAUUCAUGUCAGAAUGGAGGGAUCCCAGAUGGACAGAAAUGUCUCUGUACGGAGAACUACGAAGGACUCCAUUGUGAACACGUAAAAGAUACCAUCAAAGUUGACGCUGUUGAAGCCUCUGUCAAUGUUUCUGUCAGAAUAACAAGUCAAAAAUUUACAGAAGAAUUGAACAACACCACAUCACCUGUGUACAAAAAAUUUGAGAGUAACUUCAAAGAACAGAUGGACAUAAUUUAUGAAGGUAUAGAGGGAUACGCAGGAGUGAAGAUUACAAGCAUAAGAAAUGGCAGCAUCAUCGUUGAUCAUGACGUCAUCAUCAAUUCGACCAAUUCAGCAGAGUUUACUCCAGACUAUCUCUCUGACACAGUUAAACAGCUUAAAGACAAACUUGAAGAAAUACGGUGCAACAAUACAGCUGAAGGUAAUUGCAGUGGAUUGGUAUUUGACACUGGCCAUAUAAAUGUUGCAGAACCAGUUAUAACUGGAGACUGUGCUUCACGGGUUCCUGAGAAUUUAAAGGAAUAUUAUGAACUGACUAUGACCAACGACGGAGUCAUAUGUGCUUCAAUCUGCAACGAAGAAAGAGAUGAUUCACUGAAAUGUGGAAAUGGAAAAUGUGGAAUGACAAAUAAGGGACCCAAUUGCUACUGCGACAUAACUGACUAUUGGUACCUUGGGGAUUUCUGUAAUUUUCCGAUUCACAAAAAUGGGUUCAUCGGUGGUUUAUCAGCAGCAUUGAUCCUAUUAUUUCUGGGCCUCUUGGCCUUUGCUGUCGUCACAGUGUGGUUUCAAAGGCACAGAAAACAAUACCUCAGACAAAGAGAGAAUGAGCAAAACAAAAUUAUAUCACAGAAAUGGACAGAAGACGAAAACGAAAAUGAAUAUUGUAAUCUUUCGACAAUCACCAUUUAUAACAAAGAAGAUACCAUCUUUGAAAAUUCAACAGGUGAAAGAGAUUCAUCUGACUUUUCCGUGGUAAAUAUGAAACCCAAGCUAAACUCCAACUGCAACUUCAAGAAUGGGGAGGUGAAAAUCCAGAGGCCACCGAUUAAUAUGGAUGACUCUAGUUCUCAUAAAUAAUGUGCUCAUGUUACCAUUUUACUGUUGGUAUACACAUUUCACAUGUCAUCUUGUGUAAGAUGUAAGAUUGAUAGGAGAUUCAUUAAGGGGAUUAUUUUUCUUCCUGCAACUUCACUGUUCUGUUUUUCAUAAUUUAAGUAAUUAGGGAUUUGAAUAAUUAGGAGAUAUGGAUUCCAGGAUUGCAGCAACAUUGUUCCACUGAUAUCAAGUAAAAACGCAGAAGGACAAGAUGAACUAAAUUGGGAUGAAGAUCAUCUAGAAUUGACCUGUUCACUCAAGCAGUUUGUUUCUUUACAUCAUUUGUUUGUUUCUCUAUAUCAUUCUCAGCCAACUUUUAAAGGAACACAAUUAAUAUAAAAUUCUACUUUUAUGACCAUAUUCUAACUUUAAUAUUCUGCUCACAUCUUGAGGUGUCCACCAAUCACAUGAAGGUUCAAGUGCACCUACGGUGGAGGAAUAUUCUUCACCAAGGCAAUCAUAAAGGAUCUUUUGAAGUCCUUAUAAACACAAGACUUCAGUUUUUAAUAUUUCUGAAGGUCCAUCUUGUGGGGCGGGUGGGGAUGUCUUGUCCCUUGAAUUCAUCCACAUAAAUCCAAGGUGACAUUCAGAUGGAGAAUCGAAGAGGUAUGAUACGCUGAGAUUCCACAGAACAAAGGAGCCUUGUCAAUCUCUGACCACCAGAAUGCAGCUCUGAAUCAUGUAAAUUAUAUUGAUCAAAUUGUUGAGAAGAUACUUCUGAUUAAGGUUAGAGUUACAUUAACUGCAGAGUUUAUGCAGUUAAUUGUCUGAAUAUUGUUUCCCAGCUCCUUUUCAUGGAUGGGUAUUGUGGGUUCUAGAACUUGUGAGAAUUAUUGUGAAGCUGGCAGACUAAAAUUACAACGUUCAAACUUUAUUCUGUAUUUAGCCAGUGUUGCACUUGUCCUGGGAGUGUUUGAUGGGACAGGGUACUGACAGAUUUACAUCUACUGAGUUCUGUACCUGCCAUGGGAAUGCAAUGGUACAGUGCAGACGAGCUUUACAACAUCACUCUCACUGUUGAGCAACAUUUCUUAAUUAAACAAAUGGAACAGAAAAUUGCAAAGAUGGAUUGAAGUUUCAAUAAUGCACACUGGCUU